AUGGACUCGCUCGGCUCGCUCAACACGGCUCUCCCGCCGAAUGAGCAGGCAGAGGCGUUGCUCGCUUCGUCGUUCCGUCAGGCCGCACUGUCCAUCACCGCGCUGUUCAAGCAGGGCAAGAAGGCCACGAGCAAGGCAUUCAUCGCAGGCCAACGCCAAGCACUCCAAGAAGUCCUCGAGUUCCUCCAAGCGAUCCUUGAGACCCCGGACAGGAAUGCGGGAACGUCGAGGGGGGUCGCGGCGCUCGCGGGAGGAGGAGCGGCGGUUGGACCGGUUGAUGUUGCGCGGUUGAUCAACUUUAUUUGCGCCCGACAAGAGGCGCUCAAGGCAGAGGAGGAAGACCGCGACGAAGACGAGGCGAACCCGCCUUCUUCUGCUUCUGCAGCGGGUCCUUCGUAUGCGCCUCCACGCCGCGCAGCGUCCGAAGCGCCCGCCCCGCCGUCCCCGCUCCGUCCAGGCGUAGCCUUCGGUCCGCGCGCCUCGACUUCCACUUCCUCCACUCUCCCUCCCCGCCCUGCAUCUGCGCAUGCUCGCUCGUACUCAACGGGCAUGUCGACCUCCUCUUCCGCACCCGCUUCUCCCCCCUCUUCGACUUUCUCCCCGCCCUUCACGCGCCAAACCUCCAUCUUCCAACCUCGCGCCUCGACUUCCGCCUCAUCCUCACACGGUCCGUCAUCGACGUCCUUCGCACCCCCAACACUCUCCCUCGCUCCUCCCUCGCCCUCCCCCCUCGGACCUUCUCCAAUCCCGACGUUUCUCUCCGCCCCAACGGGCCAGUCGACUCCCCUCGCGCGGGAGCGUCCCGGUCGAGCACUGAGGUCGCGUAACUCGAGUCGCGGUGGGAGCGCGAGCGUGGGUGGGAGCAAAUCGGUGAGCGGGACUAGUACGCCUGUUUCGACACCCGGUGCGGGUGUAGGCGCGGGAGUUGGCGGAGUGGAAGAAGAAGAGAUUGAGCACCUUGGAGCGGGGAUCAAGAGGCGGUGGGCCUCUUCUGCCGCUGCAGGACCGGCGGGCUCAGUCGUCGAGCUCUCCCCUCCUCCGCCUGAUCCCGCUUCUUCGGCGGAAGGAGGGAUGGACGUCGAGCCGAUGGCUGACAUGGAGGGAUGGGACGGCAGGGGCGAGAGGCCGCUCAAGAGGGUUACGAGGACGCCGAGGAAUAGCGGGAUGGGUGGGGCGGGGACGCCGUCGAGUCUAGAGGAGGCAGGGGAGGGACAGCAGCAGCGGUGA